AUGGAUAAUUCCUUCCGGGCCCCCGGUCCCGCGUAUCACCGCCUCGGUGAGGACAGUUCCCUUCCCGCCCCGAUCACCGGGACUCGCGAGGAGCCCCCGGGCGACUGGGCCGACCAUCUUGUCAAACUUGCAUUUCCUUGCGCGGUAGAAGGUCGUUUUAUCAAGUCAGCAUUGCUUAGGGAGCUGGUCGAUCGCCAACCCCGCCGUGAGCCUAUGCUUCGUUACGGUGUUCCUAUGACUGGGGUAGCCCUCGAAUUCGAACUCGGUAGUAGUCUCAAACACGUCGAAGCCAUGUAUAUAUUCAUGGUUGGUCGGAUUGCCGAUGUGGAGUGUGACACUUGCCAGCGGGACAGGGGAGUUUUCCCCUUCUGCGUCACCGUUGACCUUGCAGAUGGCCAUGUGAAGUGUGCUAACUGCUACUGGGACAAUUACGAAUGUUCUAAAGCCCAGGUUGAAUCCUCUCUGUCCGCGCAACGAACUAUCUCCAGACAGUUCGGUCAAGGCUCCCGGGGCUCUAGCAACCGAGACCGCGCUACAAUUUCGCAGGACAUUGUUGAAUUACGUGCCGCCUUCAACCUACUCAAGCGAGGCAACGACAGUGUUCAAGAGAGUGUUACGUCGAAUUCGACCGCGUGGAGUACCCUUAAUACCACUACUUCCGCCCUCGUCGCUCAGCAAGGCCGCGUCCUACGCGAAAGGGACACCCGAGACUUACAGCGCGUCGCCCAGCGGGGAAGGACCCAGGGCCGGACCGUACAGACCAGCUUGGCCACCGUGAACAAUCUACAGGAGGAAAUUGAGGCUAUUCUUACCCGCAUGGAGGAUCACAUUCGGCAGUUCUACCGGUAG